AUGUUCCUUUUUGGCUCACCGAGUGUGGGCAUGUUAUUUGUAACUCCCAUCUCAACGCAGACCAAAGUUGCGCACAAUGUGGGCCGUGAUAAAGUUGAACUAAUCUUACUCGACGAUUUUCAGAUGGAGGCCCCGAUGUCUGAUUGGUUUCGCUCCAUUCCGCAUGCCCUCGAUGCUGUUGCCUAUGCCGCCAAAGUACUUGCAGCUAUCCUCAUUAUCUGUUUAACACGGCCUAUAGUUUCAGCAAGAGACCAUGGCAUACCAGAUCAGAUACUAUAA